CAAUUAGAACCAUGUUGUUUGUGUUGUUAAUUUAUGUAUACUAUUACCAUUCUAACCGUCCUCCUCCUCCUCAUCACCAUCAUUAUCAUAAUUACUGUUAAUGACCAUAUAUAGAAAUCUCGCCAGACUUUCUCCUAUUUACUAUUUACUGAUUUUUGCCAUUUCAUUUAUUUUUUCCUUAUCUCGUUUCUCCGUUUUCUUAUUAUUGUUCUCCGAUAUCCAUCAUUUUCUACGUAUAUCGUGUGGCUCUCUUGGAUCCUUGGUGUUCGUUUUUGCAGCUUCAAAUAUCGCUUUUGAUUCCCUUCUCCUGAAAUUGUUUACUUGGUGGGUUUGAGUCUGUUCCUUCUCAUUCUCACUUGGUUCCUUCUGUCGUCAAGGUUAGCGCUUUAAAUUUCCCAAUCCCGAGUCUUAAAGGAAUAAUUAAUAGGUUGUUUACUUGGUCCCAUUUCCUUCUCGUCUUUCCUUUGUUGUUUACUUAAUAUCAGUACCUUCCUCUCAUUCCCGCGUCUUAUUUGUUUGGUACAUUUAUUACCAAUUUUCCCAUUCUUUGAUUAUUUGGUACCAUUGGGAGGGGAGCGGUACUGAUGUCAUUGAAGUGAAAAUGAGGACGCUAAUGCCUUAAUAAGUACCUGCACGUUGUUGACAAGCCUAUCGUGUGGCAUCAUGGGCGUCAUACCAGGCCAGAGAGGGAAGAAUGAUGGGGUGGAAUGAUUCGCUGCUUCACGCACAUGAAUAGUCUUUUAUGAAAUAUUAGACGGUGAACACUGAGUGGCAAGAAGAGUACAUCACGCAAGAGUUGCCUUGUUUUGCAAGUUGUCAGAAGUUGGCGUGGAAGUAAUAGUGCAGAUGGACAACGCAAGCAAACACUCUCACCCAUGCACUGCCGAGCGAUCCAAGGCACGGCAUCACAUUACCCCGUCUCGGCCAAGCUGGUGGCGAAGCAUUGUGCAGGGAAGCAUCGAAGCAUUGGUGAAGGGAGUCGCGUGACGUAACACUUAUCGUUCAUCUCAGUCCUCGGAGCGCCUGAGAGCAGCGCGCGCUGUCCAAGCGGUCGAGUGUGUGUGGCCUUGCGCGCGUGUGCCUGGCGGCGGCGGCGUGCUUUGUGUAACUGUGUAUCGUGUUGUUGUCAUGGAGAGACUGGAGGCGAGUCACUACGAUGACGUGUGGGAGGUGACGGGGGUGGCGGGGCGCACAGUGGACCUCCCGUGUUACCUGCGCCCGCGAACACCUGGUGACCGGCCCAAACUGGUGCUGUGGUACAAGGAGUCGCACAGCAGCCCCCUCGUCAGCCAUGACACGAGGGAUGGCGUGCCCCUGGGAGACUCGGGGCUGGACCUGAACGUGGGGCUGGGGCGAGGCAAGGGCGAGGGGGCGCUGCGGGUGGGGCGGGGCAGCGCGACCCUCACCUACCUCAACGUGACGCCUCAGCACGCAGGCCUCUACGAGUGCCGCGUGGAUUUCUACACGUCGCCGGCACACACCAACUACGUGAACCUGACCGUCGUGGAGCUGCCCAGGAGCGUUCGGCUGCUGGAUAAGGAGAGCGCGUCCCUGCAGGAGGGUGUGCUGGGCCCCUACUACACGGGACAGACCGUCAGAGUGGCCUGUGUCGCCCUUGGGGGCAGGCCGCGCCCCAAGCUCACCUGGUGGAGGAACAACCACAUCCUGCGCACGGGCGGGGAGGAGGAGGCAGGCGCGGGCCGGGUGAGUAUCCUGGCGGCGACGCAGCAGGUGGAGGCCUCUUCUGAUUGGCUGGUGCGGAGUGAGCUGGUGAUCGAGAGCAUCGGGCGCGGCUGGCACAACCACACCCUCACCUGUACCGCCUCCAGCACGCCCCUCGCCUCGCCGCUGCCCGCCUCCGCCAUCGUCACCCUCUACCUCUUGCCUCGGGUGGUGGAGGUUCGAACCCCGGGCCGUGCGAGGGAGGGUCACCCCGCCCUCAUCAUCUGCACCACGGAGGGCUCCAGGCCGCCCCCAACCCUCACCCUCAAGCUCGGGGGCAGAAGACUCAUCCCGGACAAGGAGAAGAUGGAAGGCCUAGUGAGCGUGGCCACGGUGGCGGUGAACGUGACGCGCGCGGAUCACGGAGCGGUGGUGUCAUGCAAGGCCGAGAACCCCGCGGUGCCCGGCUCGGCGCUCCGGAACACCACCACCCUGUCCGUCGAGUACCCGCCCUCCGUCACCGCCUCCCUCGGCCGCUCCCUCAAGCCCCACCUGCUGAAGGAAGGCGACGACGUGUACUUCACCUGCUCCGUGGACGCCAACCCACCCGCCGCCUCCGUCACCUGGUACCAUGAGGGCCGCGUGCAGGUGCAGAACAUGACCUCUGGGGUGAUCCUGACGGGGGACUCACUGGUGCUGCAGAGGGUGAGUCGCCGCCGCGCCGGGGAGUACCGCUGCGAGGCCACCAACAGCCUCGCCUCCGUCACCAGCAGCCCCGUCAGACUCAAAAUCCGAUACCGGCCCCAAUGCCUGACCACGCCCACCACCUACUUCAUCUACGACCAGCCAAUCAACGUGAGCUGCACCGUGACGUCACACCCGCCUGCGACCGACGUUCAUUGGCAGUGGAACAGCAGCAACGACGUCAUCAAGACCCAGAAGGUGGAGGCCAAGACGGAGCGGGUCUCGACGCAGCUUUCGGUGGCGCCCAUUGAGACCUACGAGGACCGCCUGCUCUCCUGCUGGGCCGUGAACGAGAUGGGGCGGCAGCAGCGGGCAUGUGGCUUCUCCAUCAAAGUGGCAGAGAUGCCGCUGCCGCUGUCCUCGUGUGGCCUCGCUAACAUCACCGCCUCCUCGCUGAGCCUCACCUGCCAGCGCCCGCCCCUCGCCUCCCCGGGCUCCUCCACGCUCUACAGGGCCGAGGUCUACUUGGAAAACAGAACUCUCCUCGCUAACGUCACCUCCGCGAGUCCAAACUUCAACGUGAGUCGCCUGGACGCGGGCACGAGUUACCAGAUCAAGGUGUACGUCAGUCACGGCCCCGUCACCUCCCCGCCCGUCGUGGUGUCCGCCUAUACCUCCAGGACGCCGCCAGACAAGUCAAAUGAGGACGAGGAGGAACACUUCGUGGAGAUGCGAGGAGACCUCAGUGGUGGGAUUGAGGGCGGUGGCGACGCAGAGACGGGGCUGAUGGAGACGGCCGCGGCAGGGGACGGCAGCGAAGGUGUGGGUGAAGGUGGCAAGGAUCAAAGAGGUGGCAGACGCGGAAGACUUGGCGGUGGAGAUGGCAAGACGGAGAUGGGUGCUGUGAUGGCGGCGGCGGUGGCGGUGGCGGUGCUGGCAACUAUGGGCGGCGUGUGGGCGUGGCGGCGGCGCUGGCGGUGGCAGGGCGGCGGCAGCACCAGCGCCACAGCCCGAGGCACCGCAGGGGCCAGGACCGGCGGGAAGGACCCCUGCCAAGCCUCCUCAUCGUCCUCUGGCAACCCGGAUGUAGUGCCCAACUUAGGUUCCUCUUACAACAAGCGAUCGGCAUCACCUCGCCUCUUCUGGAACAAAGACAAGACGGUGGAGGCUUCUGGUGGCGCUACGGGAAGACUACCGGCCCUGGAGGAGACGCCCUCGUUGGCAGACACGACAGCGGGCGGCAGCGGUGCGGCCGAUUCCUCCCCGAGCGAGAGUCAGCGAAUCAGCGGUGUAGGCAGCACCUCCACGCCGACGCUGAGCCAGAAGACGGUGUGCAGCGGCGGCAACUCGUCCCCGGCUGAGAGCAGCAGGGCGGCGGGCGGCGGCAGCAGCUCCUCCCUCACCAGCAGCGUCAAGACCGUAUGCAGCGUCGGCACCUCCACCCCCACGGACGGCCUCAAGUCCAGGGACAGCACCUCCUCCCCGUCCCAGUCCCCAGCGGCGGGCGGGCGUGGCUCUGGCGGAGGUAAUGAUGGUUGUGGUGGCAAUGGCAGCAGUAGUAGCAACAGCAGUAGGAGGGCCGCCGUGAUCGCCUACCGCCCCGCCCCAUCCGGAGGGUCCUGCCGGAGAGGCGGCGCGGGAAGGGGCGGGGCUCAGCGGCCGAUAAGUGCCGUUGGAGACCUUGGCGUCAGCAGCCUCAGGAAGUCCUUCCUGCUCAGCGGCGAGGAGGCGGAAGAGGAUUACCUCGGCCAGGCCAGUCCGGAGGAGCGGCUCAGACGGAGGAAGUCCAGCCUGGCGGAGGAGGAGAGCUCCGAGAGGAGGAGGCGGAGGAGGGCCACGGGGGUGAGGUUUAGCUUUACCCCCGGGGAGGUGGAGGAGGAGGAGGAGCUAGGAGUGGCCUACCACGGAGCAAAGGGAAGCUACCUGCUGAGGGAAUUGAAAGGCUACCCCGGCACCCUGCCGCGCCGGGCCCCGCGGGACGUGGCGCCGCCCCCCAGGGGACACUUCGGCUCCAGGGAAGUGCUGGACCUGCAUGACUCGGACCCCAGCUUAGGGGAGUUCGUGCCCUACCCCGCGCCGCUCUACGGCUCCAGGGAGGCGCUGGGUGGCACCGGGGUGCGCCGCGCCCUCAGGGAGGACAGCUACGCAGAGUUCCUGCCGCACGGCGCCCGCGAGGCUCCGGGCCGCGCGGGGGUGCGGGUCCAGCUGUCGGGACGCGCCCAUCUACUGCGGGGCUCCAGGCACUCUCUGGGUCUCGGGGCCUCCGUGGGGGAGCUGCGGGCCGCCGGGGCCAUCCAGCGGCGCGGCAGCUGGGCGUCCCUACAUUACCCCGUCGACCAGCUGAUCAAGGCUGCCGAGACGGUGGUGUGAGGCGCCCCGCCCGCCGCCCGUUUUGUUAAUACUGCUGAUGCUCCUGCUGCUCCUUCUCCUGCUACUGCUGCUGUUGCUGCCUCUGCUGCCGCUGCUGCUGCUGUGCUACGUCUGUUUACUGCUGUUCAGGGGAAGGACCUCGAGGGGGAGCCGCCGAGUGUCGCGUGAUGGCCGGCUUCAUGGGGGCCGUAAGACGCACGACAGCCAGAAAGAUGGAUGGAUGGAAGAUGGUGAGAUGGGUGAAGCUCGAGGAGAGUACUCACCCGAUUUCCCGGCUGAAUGUUCGUACGCUGACGCCGUCGUGUCGUAGUUGUAGGACUUAACCUCCCCCGUCACCCCCGUCAGGUCGUCGGAGUCGCACGGCACCUGCACCACCUUCACCUGCCACUUGCUGUCGUCUGUAACCACGCCGUCCUUGGUCACCACGGACACCUUGAAGGGCCCAUCGCGCCCCUCCACGUCCACCACCACUGCCAAGGACGGG